AUGAACCACCUCACCGUCCACAACAAGGAAGUGCUGUACGAACUGAUCGAGAACCGGGACCCCAGCACCCCGCUCAUCACCGUCUCCAACCACCAGUCCUGCAUGGACGACCCUCAUCUCUGGGGGAUCCUGAAACUCCGUCACAUCUGGAACCUGAAGUUGAUGCGUUGGACCCCUGCAGCUGCAGACAUCUGCUUCACCAAGGAGCUGCAUUCGCACUUCUUCAGCUUGGGCAAGUGUGUGCCCGUGUGUCGAGGAGACGGUGUCUACCAGAAGGGGAUGGACUUCGUUCUGGAGAAACUCAACCAGGGGGACUGGGUGCACAUCUUCCCGGAAGGAAAAGUGAACCUGAGCUCUGAGUUCCUGCGCUUCAAGUGGGGAAUCGGGCGCCUGAUUGCUGAAUGCCAUCUCAACCCCAUCAUUCUUCCACUGUGGCACAUUGGGAUGAAUGACGUCCUUCCCAACAGAUCACCCUACUUCCCUCGUUUCGGCCAGAAGAUCACUGUACUUGUUGGGAAGCCCUUCAGCGCCCUGCCCGUGCUGGAGCGGCUGCGGGCAGAGGACAAGUCUGCCGUAGAGAUGCGCAAAGCCCUGACCGACUUCAUUCAGGAUGAGUUCCAGCGUCUGAAGAGCCAGGCUGAGCAGCUGCACAACCAUCUACAGCCCCGGAGAUAG